AUGCUCCUGGCGCGCCCGCGCCCGCGGGCCCUGUCGGAGAGGGCACACAAGGACGGGACGCACAGCAAGAGCAUACCGUCGGCGCUGUAUCGGCUCAAGGCGCACAACGUCGCGGGAUACUUCAACGGCUUCGCGCUGGCGCUCGGCGCAUCGCGCAAAAGCUGCACCUUACGCGCGGAACGGGGGGCCAGUAGGGAGGGGAGGAGACGGACGGAGUGGGAGGAGACGGAGAAGGAGAAGAAGUGGGACUUGGAGUUGGAGACGGUAACGGUGACGGAGAAGGAAAGGGGGGAGGGGGACGAGAACGAGAACGAGAUAUCUCUAGAGGUGCUUGUGGAAAGGAGAAAGUGA